CCUCUGUUUUUUCAUCUCUGCGUUUAGCCCCUUUAACAGGCUCUGUAUCUUUUUUAUUUUUUUUUUCUCCUUUUAAUUUACUAAUGAUUAUUUGUUUUCAUAGAUAACAUUUUCAUAGCUUCAGCUGUUGAAUCAUAGUUUCAGCAAGUAACAUUCUCUACACGAAAUACAUAAAUUAAAAAAAAAAAAAAAACAUUUUUUGGUUUAAUUUUGAUAUUAGACUUUGCUGUGAAGUUGAAUUGUAAAUUGAAUUCUGUAUCAGUGUUUUUCAAAAUAGGCGAAUAGAGAGAGAUGUCUUUGAGGUUUUGAUCUAUUAGGGUUUUUCUGGCUUUGAAUUAGUUUUGUUUAUUGAGAGCGACAUGGACAAGAAGAAGGUGGCGGUACCUUUAGUGUGCCACGGACAUUCGCGACCUGUUGUGGAUUUGUUCUACAGUCCUAUUACUCCUGAUGGGUUUUUUCUCAUCAGUGCCAGCAAAGAUUCUAGUCCAAUGCUGAGAAAUGGGGAGACUGGAGAUUGGAUUGGGACCUUUGAAGGACACAAAGGUGCAGUGUGGAGUUGUUGCCUGGAUACUAAUGCAUUACGUGCAGCAUCUGCCUCUGCAGACUUUACAGCGAAAUUGUGGGAUGCAUUGACUGGGGAUGAAUUACACUCCUUUGACCAUAAGCACAUUGUUCGGGCAUGUGCAUUUUCAGAGGAUACGCAUCUUCUACUCACCGGUGGAAUGGAGAAACUUCUUCGUAUAUUUGACUUGAAUCAUCUUGAUGCACCCCCAAGAGAAGUUGGCAGUUCGCCUGGUUCAAUUAGAACUGUUGCAUGGCUUCACAGUGACCAGACCAUAUUAAGUUCUUGUACUGAUAUUGGUGGUGUGAGGUUAUGGGACAUAAGAAGUGGCAAAAUUGUUCAAACACUAGAGACAAAGUCACCUGUAACUAGUGCUGAAGUGAGUCAGGACGGUCGCUACAUUACUACAGCUGACGGGUCUACAGUCAAAUUUUGGGAUGCAAAUCACUUUGGGCUUGUGAAGAGCUACAAUAUGCCGUGCAACACUGAAUCAGCUUCAUUGGAACCGAAAUUUGGAAAUAAAUUUGUGGCUGGUGGAGAAGAUAUGUGGAUCCAUAUAUUUGAUUUCAAUACAGGAGAGCAGAUUGGAUGCAAUAAGGGUCACCAUGGUCCUGUUCACUGUGUGCGAUUCUCGCCUGGGGGGGAAUCCUAUGCUUCAGGAUCUGAAGAUGGAACUAUUAGAAUAUGGCAAACAGGUCCCGCUAAUCUUGACGAGGAUGAUUCACUCUCGAAAAAUGGCCUAACUGGAAAAGUAAAGGUAUCAACUGAUGAUGUUGCACAUAAGAUCGAAGGUUUUCAUAUAAGCAAAGAAGGGAAAACUGCUGAGAAGGACAAGGCAACAGAUGCUUGACUAGGGAUUUAGAUUAUUUAGUGGGAUUUCAUCUUGUUUGUUUUGGUCUUUGCUCGAGUUUCAGUUUGUAGGCACACGUGUGUGACUUUUCGAGGGUUGUUCAUCUGUGGAAAUAAAAUUGACUUAAAUCAUUUAGAAGUUACUUUUCUGCUCGAUAUCUUCUUGAGUC